AUGGCACCUUCUGAUCGUCUGAACCAGAUUAACAAACACCUUAACUACCCGGCCGGUCUUCUUGCUGGUCAAGUGGCCAUCAUUACCGGUGCGGGCCAAGGUAUUGGUGCGGAGGCAGCUCGGCUUUUCGCCAAUGAGGGCGCCAAGGUUGUAGUAGCAGAUAUCGAUGGCAAGAAAGCCAACGCGGUCGCUGACGCCAUCAAUGCCGCCGAGCCUGGCCGCGCCUUGGCUGUGGCUGGCGACGUUCUGGACAGCAACUACAUCACCGAGCUUGUGAAGCGCACAGCCGAGUUCGGUGGUGGUAAGAUCCAUAUCAUUGUCAACAAUGCUGGGUUCACUUGGGACGGUGUAAUUCACAAGAUCACCGAUAAACAAUGGGAUACUAUGCUUGCAGUGCACAACACUGCGCCUUUCCGGCUGGUGCGAGAGGCCGCGCCGUAUUUUCGCGUCAAGGACCAGGAGCCACGGGUUGUCAUCAACAUCAGCAGCACAAGUGGUAUUCAUGGCAAUGCUGGCCAAGCCAACUACGCAGUCGCUAAAGCCGGCGUCGUUGGUCUGACCCGCACCAUUGCUAAGGAAUGGGGCCCUGCCUUCGGGGUACGCUCUAAUACUAUCGCCUUUGGCUAUGUGACUACUCGUCUUACGGCUGCCAAGGAGGAGGGCGCCUUCGUCACCACCCCUGACGGUACUAAGGUCGCGCUGGGCAUUCCUGGCAAGCAACUUGCUACCAAGAAGGGCGAUGAGUCGUCGAAGGCUGAGUCUUUCCCGGAUAUCCCAUUGCGGAGACCGGCGAGCCCUGAGGAAGCGGCGCGGUCUAUUUUGGGUGUUGCUAGCCCAUACUUCUCCUAUGUGAAUGGGGAGACGAUCCGGGUCACCGGUGGGCGCAAUAUGUAA